AUGGACCCCAAGCAGCUCGUGAAGAAGGCUCUUGCUAUUAGAGAUGAGAGUCUCAUUGCCGCCCGCCCUCCGACACCUUUACCCGAACCUCUGCCUCAAAAUGUCCAGGAUAUUCCGUCGCAAAUACUGACGCCCGAGGAGAUUGCAAUCACUGAGUGUGAUCCGGUGUCUCUAGUGCGAAAAGUGACUGACAAAGAGCUUGCAUGCGAGACUGUCAUCAAAGCAUUCCUGGCCAGGGCUUCUCUGGCUCAAAAGGCUGUAAACUGUAUCACGGAACUCUUGUACUCGCGCGCAGUCGCUAGGGCUCGGCACUUGGACUCUCUCCCGGAACCGGCCGGCCCACUCCACGGCCUGCCCAUCUCCGUGAAGGAGCAAUUCGGCUUCGAGGGCAAGAUCAAUAGUAACAGCUUUGUCGCAUGGUGCGAUCGGCAGCAGGAGCCCCCUUGCAGCCUGAACCGCAUCCUCGAGGAGAAAUGCGGCGCGGUGAUCUUUGCCAGGACCACGCAGCCACAGACGGUUAUGCAUCUAGAGACGAACAGUAAAGUAUACGGGAGAACGGUGAACCCUUGGAACAGAAAUUUGACAGCGGGUGGGAGCUCCGGAGGCGAGGGCGCACUAGUGGGAUUCAAGGGAAGUCCAUUGGGUCUGGGAGGCGAUAUUGGGGGCUCUAUUCGCGUUCCGGCUGCGAAUAACGGAAUCUACGGACUGAAGCCGAGCCCCUAUCGAGUGGGGAACACUGGAGGGAUGGGUGUGAUAGUCGGGCAGGAAGGCAUUAUCGGUUGCAACGGCCCGCUCUCAACGACACUCUCGGGUAUUGAGCUCUUCAUGAAAUCGUACCUGGACACUUCUCCGUGGGUCCAGGAAAGCAAUCUUCUCCCCAUCCCUUGGCGAAAGCUGGAACUCCCCAAAAGGCUCAAGAUCGGCGUCAUGUGGUCUGACGGCGUCGUCAAGCCUCACCCGCCAAUACUCCGGGGCCUCUCAAUGGUCGUGGACGCUCUCAGUGCCGCGGCGGACUUUGAGAUUAUGAGCUGGCAGCCCUAUGGCCACGACGAGUGCUGGCAAUUGACCAGCGCGCUGUACUACGAGGACGGAGGCUACCGCAUCGGAGAGCUAAUUCAGGCAGGUGGCAAAGAGCCGCUCCCGCUAACGACUUGGCUGCUGGAAGAGACGCACAUAAAGCAGCGCACGGUGGAGGAGGUCUGGGAUCUCAAAGCUCGUCGUAACUCCUACAGAGCCAUGUACAAUCAGCUUUGGCUCGAUACCGGCAAGGAUGACGGCCACCCUAUUGACGCAAUACUGUGCCCCGUGGGUCCCGGCUGCGCACCGAGGCAUGACCAGGCCAAGGACUGGUGCUAUACGUCGCAAUGGAACUUAUUAGAAUAUCCGGCCAUCUCAUUUCCAGUUAGCCAUGUCGACCAGAAUCUGGAUCUUGCAGACGAAUCUUAUAUCCCGAGUAAUCCUGAUGAUGCGUUUGACCACAGGCUCUACACCGGGCCUGAGAUGUACAGAGACGCACCCAUUUCGCUGCAGCUGGUCACUCGACGUUACGAAGAUGAGAAAUGCCUGGAGGUCCUGCGAAGAGUUGAAAUAGCUAUGGAGGGAAAUCAUUGA